AUGUCUGACGCCGGCCGCAAGGACUUCACCACCAAGGCUAAGGAGGAGCUCACUCCUGACUCCGCCAAGUCGACUCAGGACAAGGUCAAGGAGAGCUUCACUGAUACCACCGACCGCUUCGCCCGUGGCGCCCAGUCCGACGACAGCAAGUCCGCUCCCCAGGAGGCGUGGGACAAGACCCAGCGUACUCACGACAACAAGGCACAUGGAGGCGCCGCUGAGUCUACUAUGGACAAGAUCAAGAACGCCGUCGGUCUCGGUGACCACUAG